AUGGAUGCACGAGCGCUCGCAGCCGCACACGAAUUAAUAGCCAGGCAUGAAGAGCUGGUAGCCAGGAAUGGGAUAAGUGUUGGAGGAGAGGGUAACAGGUCGCCCGUGUUCAGAACAGUUGGAAUCAUACUCGCAAUCGCAUCUGGAGUUUUUAUCGGAAUAUCCUUUGUGUUGAAGAAGGUAGGACUUCUCAAGGCCAACGACAAAUACCAGGAAGUUGCAGGUGAGGGAUAUGGAUAUCUUAAAAAUGCGUAUUGGUGGACGGGAAUGACAUUGAUGAUCAUUGGAGAAAUCUGCAAUUUUGUGGCUUAUGCCUUUGUCGAUGCCAUUCUGGUCACUCCGAUGGGCGCUUUAUCUGUGGUCAUUACAGCAGUUCUUUCGGCGAUCUUUCUCAAGGAACGACUGAGUAUGGUCGGAAAAGUUGGCUGCUUUCUUGCGAUUGUAGGAUCCGUCAUUAUUGUGCUCAACGCGCCCAAGUCAUCCUCGGCGGCUACGAUCCAGGACAUGCAGCACUUUGUCAUCUCCCCAGGAUUUCUGAGUUAUGCAGGUGUAGUUAUUGCCGGUUGUACGUUUACCAUAUUUUGGGUCGCUCCAAGAUAUGGCAAGAAGUCUAUGUUGGUAUACAUAUCCGUUUGCAGUCUUAUAGGAGGUCUCAGUGUCGUGGCUACCCAAGGUCUUGGUGCUGCGAUUGUUUCACAAAUCGGAGGAACGAAGCAAUACGAUCAAUGGUUCUUAUACGUUCUGUUUGUUUUUGUCGUUUGCACUCUUUUGGUGGAAAUUGUAUACCUCAAUAAAGCUCUAAACCUUUUCAACGCUGCAUUGGUUACUCCAACAUAUUACGUCUUUUUCACCAGUUCUACCAUUAUUACUUCUGCUAUACUGUUUAGAGGUUUCAAGGGAACAGUCACUUCCAUCGUUACUAUGGUUCUUGGGUUCUUAACUAUUUGUGCUGGAGUGGUACUUCUUCAGCUUUCUAAAUCUGCCAAAGACGUCCCGGAUACUGCUGUAUUUGCUGGGAACUUGGAUCAAGUUCGAACCAUUGCAGAGCAAGAGCAGCCGGAAACAGAACCCAAAGCUGAUGCUAUACGUGGUGCUGCCGCUAUUGUUAGAAGAUUUUCUACUGCUAGAACUAAGAUGGAGUUGCAAGAAGCAAAACGAUUACACGAAGAGAAAACUGCUCAUGACCUGGAUCCGAUUGGCGAGGACGGUCAAGCUCAAUGGGAAUUUGAUGGCCUUCGAAGGAGGAGGACAACGUUUGGUACGAUGCCAGGUAGUUUGAGAUCACGUGGAACAUCAACGCCGUUCCCAGCAUUUACUGAGCCUCCGAUGCCAAACACACCGGCGCCUACAUCAACGCCUGUUAAUCCACAAUACACACCAAAACACCCACCUUUAGGGAUGUCAAGAUUUCCAGAUUCUGAUGAUGAGGAAGAAGACAGGCCUAUCACCAGAGGCUCGUCAGUGUUUGGGCGUGCCAUGUCAGUCAUGGUACCAGGUAGAGGUCGUUCGGUGCUAGGGAGUAAUGUUUCUAACGCGCAGAGUCCGAUGCACCCUGUACCAUUGACCACAAUUUCCAUACCAUCAUAUAAAGGAGAUGACCCAUCAAGUGCAUCUCACGCCUACUACGGCCACGAUACAGCAUACAAAGGUGCUGGAGGAGAAAGACAUGUUACGAUAGUUGACGAUCCAGUGCGCACAGGUAGCCGAGGAAGCAGUUUACAUCCAGCGCCAACACCGCCGCCACACUCAGCGAGGAGGCAGUUCUCAUUCCAGCAUAUGUUUAGAAGAGGCCAAACAGAUUCCCAGCCUCAUGGAGACGAACCAGCUCCACCAAGUCGCUCACCAAUGAUCCGAAAAGGAAUGGGCCAGAGAAAAACCAGCGUAGGAUCCCACACAAAAGGAGCCACGGAAGAAGAAAGACUCGGGUUAGUGAAAGGCGAUACGCGCACGGAUCCUCCCCUCCCACCGUACGUCGAGGGCGGCGAAACGUCCGAAGAAGACUGGUCCAAUGAAUCUAAACAAUCUGAUAGUCUAGCUCCACACGAUCCAAGAGAUCUGAACCCAACGUACCGACGUGAGGGCCGCGAGCCCGAGAAACAGAUCGAGGCGGGCCCCAGGGAGAGCUCGGAGGAUUAUUAUCGAAAGCAGAAGAGGAGGUGGGAAGGGAAGGAUGGGGAUUUGGAGAGGGGGGAGAGUGAGAGUCCGCCGAGGAGGAAGAGGGGGGAUGAUAAGGGUGCGUUUAUUUGA